AUGAGUGGUGGUAUCUCCCCGACGUAUUCCUCCUCUUCCUCCUCUCCAGGAAGGACGAAACGGAUGCCCAUGCGCAGUCCACACGCGUUUUCGGCAAACUCGGACGCGACUUUACCUCUCGUUUUCGCGAACGUCGGUUUGAUCUUAUUCGUCGUCGCCGGAGUGUUUUAUAUCAAAGAGGAUUGGGAUCGGUUUUCGCUGUUGUGCGUGUUAGGCUACGCGUCUAUUAUAAUUGGAUUGAUACUACCGGAACUCUUAGCAGCAGAUGUUGACAAAGGAGGCAGAACGACCUUCCAUCCAACUGGAACGAGAGAAAUCGACGAUAAAAUAGAAAAGGGCAUCCGAGAGAGAAAGUGGAUACAAUUCUGGGGUACUGUUAUGAUGAUUGUGGGGAUAUUUCUAGGUAUUGUUGGUAGUUUGUUGUAUUCGCCAACCAUCGUUAGCGCAUUAUCCAGUAAGAUGAUACCGUUGAUCGACGAAGCCAAUCUGGUUUGGGCGAUUUCGUUUCUCAUCUUCCCCGUGGGAUUCGGGUUGUUGACGUACGAUAAGUUGAUGACGCUUCAGUCGCUGGCAGAUGAAGGCUUGGAUGACGAAGCGUCCGUGACAAUUUGGCAUCCGCAAAUGCGCGUAUUUCUGUGGACGGAAAUAUGUUUGAUUCUCUUUGCCAUCGCUGGCGUAGUGGUGGUCUCCUUGCCAAACGCGCUCGGAGAAGCCUUCGGCUUGUUUCUCUUCGCCCUGGGCGCGUUGAUAAAAGUUUGCUUAUUGUUUUACGAGUUACGUGGUUAG